AUGUCUAGUGUAUACACACUUGAGCCACACACAAACGGCAAGGUCAUUCUGCAUACUACAGCUGGUGACAUUGAGAUUGAGCUAUGGGGCAAGGAGACGCCAAAGACAUGUCGCAACUUUAUCCAACUGUGCAUGGAAGGAUACUAUGAUAAUACUAUUUUCCACCGCAUUGUCCCCGGAUUCAUUGUACAAGGAGGCGAUCCCACUGGUACCGGUCAAGGUGGCGAAUCGAUCUAUGAGGACGAGGACGAAUUCCCCAAUGAAUACCACUCCCGCUUGCGAUUCAACCGACGUGGUCUAGUUGGUAUGGCGAAUACUGGUGAAGGCACAGCUGGCAGUCAGUUUUUCUUUACGUUGGAUCGUGCUGACGAGCUUGACAAGACCCAUACACUGUUUGGACGCGUUGUUGGUGACACUGUAUACAACGUUAUUCAAAUGGGCGAGAUGGAAGUGGAUGUGAACGAGAGGCCGCUUUAUCCACCCAAGGUCAAGACAACCGAGAUCGUUCUCAAUCCAUUUGAUGAUAUCGUACCACGCAUCACCGAACGAGAAAAGAAAUUGGCACGUGCACGAGAAAUGGAAAAGGCUGCUGCUGAAGAACAAGCCAAAAAGAAAAAGAAGAAAGAGAAAAAGAAAUUGAAUCUGCUAUCGUUUGGUGAAGAAGCAGCUGAAAUGGAGCCCGAGGAAGGACCAAAGAAGAGUAAAAAGAAGAGUGCGUAUGAUUUCCUUCCCGAGGAUAAGGCUGUGCCUGUGCCAAAGGAAGAAAAGGUGCCUGUGCCAAAGGAGGAAAAGGAUGACAAGUCUACGACAACUAUUCAACCCGAGAAGCGUCAGCCUGAACAACCCAUUUCAGAGGAACCACCCAAAAAGAAGCACAAAGAAGAGAAACCAAUCCACCAAGAAGAAGAACAACAACCAUCAAAAUCGGAGCCUUUAUCCGAAUACGAGAAGCUUAAGCAAGACAUUCGCAAAAUGGAACGAGAUCGACGGGAUGAAAUCGAGGGUCGAUGGGCAGAUCGUGAUACUGGGAAGAAGAAGAAGCUUUCAUUGAUUGAACAACAACGUGAAAAGUAUGCUCGGCGAGGUGUUGCAAAGGUUGGCGGUGUCAAGGAGAGAAAAAAGAAGGAUGUUGAUGAUACCUUUUCAAAGCUGCUUGCAUUCCAGAAAAAGUUGUCAACUGCAGAGCCUGAGACUACAUCAGCAAAGAAACCAGAGCGACCUCCAUGCAAGCUACAUUUAGUACCCAACUGUGAAUCAUGCUAUGACACUACCCAGGACGAUGCCGAGGAGGAAACGGACGAAGGAUGGAUGUCUCACAAGCUUGUUUUUGACAAGGAUCGAAAGGGCAAGGAUUUGAUGCAGCGUAGUGAAACGGUGGAUGACUAUCUUGUGAUUGAUCCAAGAGCACGCAAAGCUGAGGCUGAUCAGCAAGAACGUGAGAAGCGCAAAGGGAAACAAAAUCAUCUUGGGGAGGCUUUUCGUAGCAAGAGAGAACGGGAUUAUGAUGAUGAUGAUAGAAAAAGGCAUUCACGUGAUCGAGAUGAUCGACGACGUUAUGACGAUAGGAAACGUUCAAGAGAUGAUUCGUACCAUAGACGAAGAUGA